UCAGUCACAUCUGCCCGCGCCGAAUAAUCCAUCUCACUCUCAACUCAUCUCUCGGCGUCUUCCUCCCAUCCGAUCAUACUCCUACCUUAAAACCACCCGGGGACCAGCCUGAACGCUCGCCGAACGAAGAGCGCCAUGGCCCGCGUGGUGGGAGAAGGGAUGUCCGAGACUGUCGUGGGAGUAGGCGUGAUGCUGAGCCGGCGGAGGGGUAAAGGCAGGCGGAGAAAGCGAAAGGAGUUGUUCGCCGUACAGAUGUGCUUCUUGGGCAUUCUGCUGGGACUCGUUGUUGGGCUCAAGAAUGUGGAACAAAAAGAAUACCAUGUUCCAAUCUCCACAAUGCUUGAAGAAUCAAGGUGGGAGAGCCGUCACCUUCUCCAAGAAUUUUAUGACAACCAGUCUAAGCUUUUCACAGAACUUGACACAAACUGCACUGAACCAGCUAUCCAUGAGUUCCCCAGAGAUUACUUCACGAACCAGGAACGAAUCGAUGGAGCUGUGGGACUGCAUGUGCUCUGUGCAAUCUAUAUGUUCUACGCCUUGGCUAUUGUGUGCGAUGAUUACUUCGUCCCCUCACUGGACAAGAUAUGCGAGCGCCUUCAUCUUAGUGAGGAUGUUGCAGGGGCAACUUUCAUGGCUGCAGGAAGUUCAGCACCUGAAUUGUUCACCUCAGUCAUAGGAGUAUUUAUUACUAAAGGGGAUGUUGGUGUUGGCACCAUUGUGGGUUCAGCUGUCUUCAAUAUCCUCUGCAUUAUUGGAGUAUGUGGCUUAUUUUCUGUGCAGACCAUCCACCUGUCCUGCUGGCCUCUACUCAGAGACUCUACCUACUACACUCUAUCAAUCUCAGCACUGAUUGUGUUCAUUUAUGAUGAAAAAGUAGUUUGGUGGGAAGCACUCACCUUGAUCCUGAUGUAUUUCGUCUAUAUUUUGAUAAUGAAACUUAACUCCCACGUGGUUCGAUUUCUGGAGAGGAGGAAGAAGAACUCGGCCAGCUUGAGGAAUGGAGCCGCUAAUAACGGCGAGCUAGAUGAUGGCUCUGAUGCUACUGCUGUCCUGUUGAAAAAAGCAAACCGCCACAGAAAGACAUCAGUUCUGAUGGUUGACGAGCUGCUGUCAGCGUACCCCCACCAGCUGUCCUUCUCCGAGGCCGGCAUGAGAAUCAUGAUCACCAGCCAUUUCUCCCCAAGAACCCGCCUCACGAUGGCCUCACGAAUGCUCAUCACUGAGAGGCAACGUCUGAUCAACACACGGACUUUGACCAACGGUGACUCAGACGGGCCAGUGAAAGGGUCAAACAAACGUACCAUAGAAAAUGGACUGUCCGGAGCAGAGCGGGGUGUCAACUUGCGGCGUGAGGAUCACGUGGCGGGCAAUGACACGGAGAAUGAAGAUAAUGAGAACAAUGAGAAUGAUGAGGAUGAAGAGGAAGAGGAUGGAGAGGGACCUUUUGUGCCAUUCCAGUGUCCAGCUGGUGUCUGCAACAAGGUGAAGUGGCUGCUAGCCUGGCCUCUUUGCCUGCUGCUUUACUUCACCGUGCCCAACUGCUCCACACCUCGAUGGGAGAACUGGUUUAUGCUGUCUUUCGUCAGCUCAACCCUUUGGAUCGCUGCCUUCUCUUACAUCAUGGUUUGGAUGGUAACAGUGAUUGGUUUCACUCUUGGCAUCCCGGACGUCAUCAUGGGCAUCACCUUCUUGGCAGCUGGGACCAGCGUCCCUGAUUGUAUGGCCAGCCUCAUUGUGGCAAGACAAGGAAUGGGAGACAUGGCGGUAUCCAACUCCAUCGGUAGUAAUGUGUUUGACAUCUUGGUGGGCCUCGGCCUCCCCUGGGCCCUGAAGACACUGGCUAUUAACUACGGAUCUGACAUCAAAUUAUACAGCAAAGGACUGAUAUUUUCCGUCGGCCUUCUGUUGGCGUCUGUGUUUCUGACGGUUAUUGGAGUUCACCUGAACAAGUGGACGCUGGAUAAACGCCUUGGUGUCGCCUGUCUCCUCCUCUACUCUGUCUUUCUGUGUUUUUCUUGCCUCAUCGAGUACAACAUCUUCACCUUUGUCAACCUGCCCACCUGUAGGGAUGAGUGACAUGGUGAAAGAGAUGCGGCAUUUCAAUUUGAAAUAGAUGACGGCAUACAAUGCCAGAAUAAGAACUGAAAUUGCGUUAAUGAGAUUUGCAAAGAUUUGUGUGCAGGCAAUGUCCAACUUCCUGAAUCCCUAAGUGGAAAUCAUACGGUUAUUUAUGAUUAUUGUUGUCAUUUUAUUUAUCUGUAUGAAAAUGACUCAAACGAGAUGGCAUCAAAGAUGACAGCAGCAGCAAGUUUCUGAUGAAUCAGUCGAUAUUUUAUACAAGCGGAAAGCCGGACUUAACAUUUUGAAAUCAGCUCAUAAAGACUCGAUUUCCUUUGCAGAGGUGAUAAUAUUUCAGCUGUCACAUUCUGAAAACAUCCUGGUUAUGUUGUAUUAUUACAGUUCCAGAAUUCGAUGGAACACAUGUUCUUCACUACAUAUCGGAAAACACACCAGGGCAUUAUUAUCCAGUCAUAUUUUUGUAAAAAGUAUUACAGCUGAUGUAUCUACUGUACGUUUUGUAUUUAAAAAUGAACAAAUUAGCUUUAUGGAGAGCUUUCAGUUCCCUUUUGUAAAUAGCUUUCUGUAAAUAGCCUCAGAUGGCUCAUACAGUAUAUUAUUUAUUAGUGUAAUUCGCACAUUUCUCCUCUGGAGGUCACAGAACCCUCGACUGGUUUAUUUAUGGUGCCAGGGUCGUUGCAAUCCACUCUUUGGUGAGAAACUGUUCUUUCCAAAUGUCUACUGACAAGCACAGUUAAUUUUGAUGUUUUUUAACAAAUUGAUUUAGAUGUCGAUAUUAGGAAACAAAAAACAAAUACGUUUACACUCUUGUAAGAUGGACCGGUUUGUAUUGUUCCACGAGAACACUGCUUCAGAGUUAGUGUUGCACCGAUACCAUUUUUUGGCCUCCGAUACCUGGCUGUGAGGUAUAUACCAUACCAUGUUUUCAUUUAUUUAUUUACUCCAUUUUCUUUGAUACUGAAAAACUGCAUACACAUUUGAAUGUAAAGUAAUUCCAAUCAUGGCUUGGUCAGGCACUGCUUAACUUGCUGCCAUUGAAGGGGCUAGACGUCCAAUCAGCUUGAGGUGGGAGGAAUGAUGUACAGUACAUUACCAAAUGAAUAUGGAAUACCAUCCCACUUUAUAUGGACUGGACGUAGUGAUAAACCAAUUGGUGGGAUGGUGAAUCUUGGACAGGAUAAUUUUAUUUUUUUAACUCACUUUUUGGUGUGUAGCUGGUGGCCAUUUAGAGUAGGGCGACCAUUGUCUGGAAAAUAGAUAUUGAUUUUAGUGCCAUAUCCAUGGGUGUACGGUUGUAUAGGGACAGUAGGGACAAAAUACAACCAACUUUUCAGGAUGCUCAAACUUUUAAGCAUCCUUAUUUGCAUUAUAUUGGUAAUUUAGACUGUCUUCUUAUAUGUUGUAAGGAUAGAAUAGACCCUAGCAUUAUAAUGUAAAUGUUCGGACUUACAUUUAUCCCUUUUCACUUGCUGAAUGUGCCGGUCCAUUUUUUAUUCCCCUCAAAUGCACGUUUGAGACAGACAAACACGGACACUCACACAGCCCUGGCAGAUUAAUGUCGUCAACAUGCCACCUCCUCCGACCCUUCAAAAAGGAGGGAUAUUAGAAGGGUUUUUUUGGCCAGCAGCAGCCACUAUAAGUAAUGUAAAAAGACAUCAGUGUAGUGGGGGAAGAGGUCAUUCCUCCGGGGCGAGUCGGGACAGGUCCCACACCUGUUCUGUAUGUCGUGGCUCCCGGGGAGUGGCCUACCCUCUGCCUGGGCUGCUGGCCGCGGGAGCGGGGGGAUAUUGGAGCUCCGAGCUCACGUCGCCCCGCAGUGGCCGCCCUGCGCUCCGUUGCGGGUCGCUGGCUGGACGCCGGUGUGUCGGCUGGGUGUCGCCUGCCGUGCCGGUUGGGGGGCUGCGGCUGUGGCUCAUGGGCCGGGUGGGGGUCUUCAUGGGGUUGGUGGUGCGUCCCCUCUGCCCAUCCCUGAAGGCCGGUUGAUGGGGGCGCGGGUGGCCCGGGGGACCACCCUGGAACCCAGGGGGCGACGAUGGCCCCUUUGUGGUGUUGUGUUGUGGAGGAAAAAGUAAUUUUUGGACUAUAUGCCGCUACUUUUUUUCCUCAUUUUGAAUUUGUUGUAUUAUCUGGGUCAAUAGGUAACACUUCAUUUGACAGCUGCAUCAUUAGCCUGCCUUAAAACCGUCAUAAUUAUUGACAUGACACUAUCAUGGGCAUUAAUGAAUGCAUAUGACAGAUGGGAUUAAGUGUCAUCUGUCAAAUUAUGUCUCUAACUCCAUUUUGUCCUGCUUGGAUCUUUUACAUCAAUUCAAAAGUGAAAUAAUAUGAUAAUUUUGACCUAAAUUGACAUUUGUCAUACGGAUUCAUUCAUGCUCAUAGCAGUGUCAUGUCAUAAUUAUGAUCGUCGUAUGACAGUCUUAUAGUGCCGCUGUCAAAUAAUGAGUUACCAGAUACCAUAACUAGUAAUUAAUGAAACAACUGGAACAGUAACUGAAGAAAUAAUUAGCACAGAACAUGAAUUUAGAUUGUUUUUUACAUCUGUAGCACUGUAAUGCAUGCUAGGAGGCAUGUCGGACGAAAACGGUGUUAACAUCUGGUGGCCACAGAGGUUGUCUGUCUCCCAAGGGGAGCAGUGAUUGCCAAAUGAAGCUUUUUGAAGUAAUGAAGCUUUGCAGUCAAUCGGUUCAAAGCUUCACGGUGGUUCCUUUGGUCUUAUGACAGUCUUAUGAUGCCAUUGUCAAGUACAGUGUUACUGAUUAAUCUUUUUUGAUGUAAAUAUCCCAUAAUACAGUGAGGACAGCUGCGGUUUAUAGUCUGGUGAGGCUUAUCUAUGAACAAAUGCUGUUUUCAUAUCAAAUUUGGUGGGUAGCGGCUUAUAGUCAGUUGCGGCUUAUAGUCUGAAAAUUAUGGUAAUUUUGCUACUUAAAGUCCGACCUGCAUCAAGAGUUGGCAUAAUAUUAAACUGUGUGAACUUGCUAACCUGCAAAACUUCUGCGGUCAGGCCAUCCUCCACAAUGAACAACAAAGUCAAGCUAGCCGUCCCUCAUUCAGAUUAUUGUUUGCAUUAUGUGCAUUACGGUAAUACAAUGCGAUGGCUUCAGAGUGCAUGUCCCUUUAUUAAAAAAAAAAAAAAAAAAAACAAGCAGAGCGCUAUCCAAGAACGGGUCCAUUCUUUGAUAGUUCCCCGUUUUGUUUGUUUGUUUGUUUGUUUGUUUGUUUUAAUGAAGGAAAUUGCACUUUAAAAUGUUUCUUUAGGAGUUAUUGAAAACAAAGGUUUGAAUCAAAAGUUGUAUCACUUGAACCAAUACACAUGAGAGUUAAGUAUUAGUCAAUCCAGAUUUAUUUUGCAUUGAUAAUUUAGCCUAUCAAUUAAUUAGGUUCAUAUUCGUGAGAAAUGUAGCCCUGAUAAUAUUUCCCGUUCAAGAAUCUGUUUGGUCUUAUUAAUGUCACGUCCCCAGCAAAAGUGUAUAUGCAGGUUAUGCUGUUAUAUCAUCCCUACCAAUGUUGAGACCAAACGUACCCUUGGCCAUAUCAGUAAUGAUACCGAUACUACUAUCGGUAUCGGUGCAACACUACUAAGAGUAAUAGCUUAGUACUGUAUGUAGAAAAUACUGUAAUUCACUGCUGUUUUGCUCCGUUAAGAUGCCGACUAAAUAGUUUUGAAACACGGAUGGCAUUAUAUAACGAGCCACUCUUUGCUAGGUUGAUGUCCCUCUUAAAGAUGUAAUAUAAUAUUGUAUAUCAGGACAUUUAUCCUAGGUCGAAUACUUUUUUGGUCUUUUCUAUUGCCUAAUGUUUAGACUUGUCAAGACUUGGUAGGUUUGUUCUAUAUGAAUAUUUUUACUAGAUUUAGGGCAUGUACAACGUCUGGAACACAAUUCGCACGUAUUCCUUGACUUUUACAACUGUUAAAAACUUAACGGUUCGUGUACAGUAUCAAAAAAGAAGUUGUUGAUUGCGCUGGUUAAAAUUGGUGGUCCGUGCUUUUUUUGUUUUGUUUUGUUUAUUUUUGCACAGAAUCUUCUGCACUAAAACAGGAAAACAGGGUUUCAAUAUGUUUAAGAUGUAAUGCAAUAAUAACGAUCAUACAAGAAUAUGACUAUCCUGCUUUAAAUAUGACAUUUGUAUUGAAUGUGGAAAAUACUCUUUUAUAGAUGACACUUGACUAGCUAAUAUUUUAUUUUCCACCAGUUCAUAGCAGGAUCAAACAGGACUGUUAUUGAAUUCCAGCAAUUCGUUUUGCAACCUAACAAUCAAAUUAUACAAUGUUACCAUUGUGGGGAUGAUGGAAUAAUUAUAAUGGCGUACCGCAAGCAACACGUCACUUCCGCUCAUUAAUAUUCAUGACAUUAGCUACUGUUGCUAAGUAGGGACAAGUCACCUUUUGUCCCUAAUAGGAAAUGAAUGGAAAUCGUGUAUGAAGGAGAUGUUUACAGAGCUAAACCUAACGAUUCUCUCCGAAAAUGAUGUGCCUGGUGCCAAAUUCACUGGCAAAGAUGGCAAAGUUAAAGAGAUGGCUUGAGUGUCGAAGGCUGAAAAAGACGAAAAAAAGCCGACCUGAGCAUAGCCUUAGCUUUUUUAUCAACGCGACUGACAAUGACAUUCUCCUGUUUCAACAAGCUAUCCUUUACCAUCAGCCCUGUCUUUCUUAUAUAUCCUCUGGUUGUCCUACGUCUCUGACUGUUCUUGGGGGUAAUUUAAUUAGCUUUGUGUAGCGUUUGCAAAUGCUUCUCAGUGACAACCAACGAACACUUUAAAUUUUUUCAUUGAUAACAAAUCUUAAUUCUAUAAUUUAUUUACACUUCCCCCUUACUAAAGUUGUUUAUAUAUAUAUAUAUAUAUAUAUAUAUAUAUAUAUAUAUAUAUACAGUGGUACCUCUACAUACGAAUUUAAUUCGUUCCAGGACCUUGUUUGUAAGUCGAAAAGGUCGUAUGUCGAGCAGGAUUUUCCCAUAGGAAUACAUUAUAAUUCCAUUAAUUCGUUCCAAAGCCUAAAAACACACUAAAUUCUUAAUAAAUACUGCUGGCACUGUUACAAAUGGCAAUUAAACAUAGAAAAACAAAUAAGUUAUAAAUAAAUAAUUCAGAGUAAUAUAAUAAUAAGAAGAAUAAUUAAUAAUUAUUCCUGUAAAUAAUGUAACGAAUCGGAUUCUAAUAUGGCGGACACUUUUUACUGUCCCUGAACGCACCGCGAAGCUGACGUCUCAGUGAGAUAGGUCGGUGCGGUAGAGAUAAUACUUUCGUUUUCUUGAGAGCAGUCAACUGCUUAAGACAAUGGGCGUUUUGUGUUGGAUAAGUUCUUAAAUAAAUGAUAAAAACGUGACGAAGCUGGCGAUUUCCUUGGCAAUGUUACCACAAUGAUAAUUGUCACCUUAACUUAUAAAUAGUGGCGAACGGUGGUCGGAAGAGGACCACGGAGCUGUAUUGUUGAGCCAGUUCAGGGACGCGCACCCCAAGCUCAUAUUUUUCUAUAACUUGCAUCUUCAUUUCAAAGGUAAGCAUCACUUUUUUCCUUGUUUCUCCAACUGUAUCAACUUUUUUUGAAAACUGUGUUGAUUUCUCACACAAGAAAAUCCACCGUGCGUUCGUUUGCAGUGCUGUCAUGUCGUCGUAUUUCGAGCAACUCGUCGGAUGUAGAAACAAAUGGCGGCUCAAAUUUUACGUCGGAUGUCGAAAAGAUCGUGUGUCGAAGUGAUCGUAUGUAGAGGUACCACUGUAUAUAUAUAUAUAUAUAUCUAUAUCUAUAUAUAUAUAUAUAUAUAUAUAUAUAUAUAUAUAUAUAUAUAUAUAUAUAUUAGGGCUGUGAAACUAUUAAAAUUUUUAAUCGAGUUAAUUACAGCUUAAAAAUUAAUUAAUCGCAAUUCAAACCAUCUAUAAAAUAUGCCAUAUUUUUCUGUAAAUCAUAUAUAUAUUCUGUAAAAUAAAUUGUUGGAAUGGAAAGAUAAGACACAAGAUGGAUAUAUAUACAUUCAACAUACGGUACAUAAGGACUGUAGUGGGCAUUUCACUCUACUGUCAUUUAAAUCUGUCUAUGCUGUCCUCACUCCGAAGCGUCUCCUUUUUCCAAAGCUAGACAGCUAAUGAACGACGCCUUAAUAAUUAUAGACUUCUUCCUUUUUCAUCUGAUUUAUUAAUAAAAUGGCUUCAAACCAUUGUCCUCUUUAGACCGUCGUAAAACUACAAAAAAAAAAGUACACAAGCAUUGCAUUAGCAAUAACGCUAGCUUAGCACGCUAUACAGGUUCACUAAACAUAAACAAAAAGCGUCUCAUACAAAAAAUAUAACAUUUCGCUUACUAACAUAAUAUGUACAUUCUUUACAACAACCAUCCUUACGGACAAAUCUUGUCCAAGGAUCAUAUAAGCACAACAUUAUCAGCCCGAGACGUCGUGCAGCCAUAAUGAACUGGCAAGAAAACAAUAAACCAUGUGGCAAAGCGACCACAAGAGUUCGCUGUUGGACAGCACAAAAAGCCUUGCUGUAAAACUUACCAAAAGGCAGAAUACUUUCUGAGCGGGACAUGUGCGUUAAUUGCGUCAAAUAUUUUAACGUGAUUAAUUUAAAAAAUUAAUUACCACGCGUUAAUGCGAUAAUUUUGACAGCCCGAAUAUAUAUA